CUGAUGGCUGGACUGUUCGACUACAGCAGGGAGGCCGUGCGGGUCAAGGCCAAGAAAUGCGACGGCGAUGAAGAACCCGAGUGGCGCAAGUUCAGCGUCGACCCUCAGAUCACCACCUACGAAGUCCUCAGGUCGAUCCUAGCCAAGGCUUUUGAGCUUCGCAGGGACUUUUCUGUAAGCUACCGAGUAAUUGAUGACCUAGGACAAGAGACCUUUCUGCCCUUGCUGUCCGACUGGGACCUCGAUGCUGCCUUCUUGGGCGCCUGUGACCCUUCCUUAAAUUUACAGGUGGAUGUGACUGGAGCUGAAGAAGCAUGGGAGCCGGAGGAGCCGCCCGUGUCUGUGAUCAAAAGUCUCAAGCCCUUGCUGAAGUUGGGCAAACCAAAAGCAGUGCAGCUGCAGGGUCUUUUCAAGAGCCAGAUGGAGCGCACCCUGGGUAUGGUGCAACGCGCCCUUAAACCUGAGGACUUGCCGUCGGACUAUGACCCCGAACCUCCGGAUGAAGCGCCUGUUGAUGACACCUGCUUCAGGAGCUUCCUGGACCCUUUGGGGAACUUGGAAGAGCCUCGCGCAAUGAGAGCAGCUGUCUUUGCAGCAGGCGUUGACCCCGCGCUUCGAAAGGUUGUCUGGAAGCACCUGCUCAAUGUUUACCCUGAGGGUCUCAGCGGCAAGGAGAGAAUGGAGUACAUGCGACAGCGUCAGCAGCAAUACAACACCCUGAAAGAAAACUGGAUCAAACUAGCGGAAACUUCAGAGUUGGUGGCUAUUACAACCAUGGUUCGCAAGGAUGUUUUAAGAACUGACCGCCACUUACUAUUUUACGCUGGCAAUGAUGACAAUAAAAAUGUGGCUGCACUUUUUAAUGUGCUCACAACAUAUGCUGUUAACCACCCCUCUGUGAGCUACUGCCAGGGCAUGAGUGACCUAGCCUCUCCUCUGCUGUUCACUAUGAAAGACGAAUCUACAGCCUACGUUUGUUUCUGUGCCCUGAUGCGUCGACUGCGCAGCAACUUUUCCUUUGAUGGCGCUGCCAUGGGUCUUAAGUUCCAGCAUCUCUCUAUUGCCCUCAGACACUAUGACCCUGAAUUCUACCUCUACCUCCAGCAACAACAGGCUGGCGACCUUUUAUUUUGCUACCGGUGGCUCCUUUUGGAGCUCAAGCGGGAAUUUGCCUUUGACGACGCUCUUCGAAUGUUGGAGGUCUUGUGGGCCUCUCUAGAACCUGACUGGCCACCUCUCGAAGGUCUUCAGCUGCAGGAAGCGUCUGUUCGGCCAUCAGCCGCGCCCAGUAAACACACGGCCUACACGCGAUUGUGCGCCAAGAGAAGACAGCGCGGUCUCCCUUCAAACAAAAGUCUGGACGAGCUGGGCCAACGGGCUCAACUCACAACGGGACGCCGACCCUUCCUCAGUCUAGACGACUCGGACCUAAGCACUGUCGUCGAGUGCACCUCUCCUCGGAAGGUGGUCAGGAAUCUAAAGGAGUUCCAGGCCUUGGCGCCAGCCAGUGUCCCUGAGCAAAAGAGCAACGGCAAAGACGAGAUUUUUGUCUGGGAAAAUCCUCUUCCACCCUCGCCGGCGCAACCUGCCUCUGAAGAUGGGCCCUGGUGGGGCGAACAGGCCAAUAAUUUGAGCAGUCCUCGACCGCUGCCAUCUCCGACUAGUCUAGGCGGCGGAAGUCCAUUCCUGAUCAUGCUGUGUGUGACGCUGCUGCGGCAGCACCGUGACCGUAUUAUGACAGCUCGGAUGGACUACAACGAGUUGGCCAUGCACCUCGACCGGAUGGUGCGCAGACACAAUGUCCGCUCGGUCUUGCGAGAGGCCCGGGCUCUCUAUCGUGACUACUUGGCCCAGCACGGAUGACCGAGUGGUUUGAUUCCAACUGUGAUAUCCAACUAAAAAACCCUUGGUAAAACUUCAUUCACUCUCGCGCAUCACUUUUUGUUACUUUGUUUGCAUUUGAUUGCACGAAUCUCACUCACUGAAUGUGCAUUUGUAAUCGCCAUUCCUCAAUAAUAAACCAAAGACACCAAAACCUCUUAAUAAAGUUGAAUUGAAUAACAAAGACUUUCUCUUUUGGGAUUAGAGAUAAAAAAAAUUUGACUCACGAAACGUUGUUGUAACAAAAUAAAACGUUUAAUUCAUCAUGGCAAAUCAACUACAUUGAGUGUGCA